AUGCUGCUAUUCCUUAUCACUAAAUAUUUGAGUGCUCUAACAAUAGUAACGUUGCUAUCAAUUGCUGAAAUAAAUGCACAGAUUCGUUUUCGUUUGUUAUCACACAGUAACUUCGCAGGCUUCAAUUCAUUGAAUGAUAAUGCAGCGGUAGCUCCUGCUCCAGGCGGUGCACGAGCAGCUCCAGCACCAGCACCAGCUCAAACAAGAUCGGAUCCUCUUGGUUCAUUACCUUCUGCACUUCUUUUGAUUUUGCUUGCAAGCAGAUUGACUGGUGGAGGCUCCUCAUAUCCUCAAUAUCAAUAUCCUUACUACAGUGGAUACGGAGGAUAUUAUCCAUAUACAUCGUAUUAUUACUCGUACUAUAGUCGCUCUCCAUACUACUACUAUUAUGGUUAA